AGUACAUUGAGCUACUUCUAUCAAUUGCUGAAAAAACGGGAGACAAAGCUCAAGAACGUAAAUUUUGUGAAUUGCUCGGCAAUGCUUAUGAAGGAUUAGGACAAAUUCAAACAGCCAUCAAGUAUCAUGAACAUGCUCUAAUCAUCGAAAAAGAGGUGGGAAACAUAGAGGUAGUAGGUAAACGUUAUUUCAAUCUCGGUAAUGCUUAUGGAAGAUUAGAACAAUUUCAAACAGCCAUCAAGUGUCAUGAACUUUCUUUAAACAUCGCAAAAGAAGUGGGAGACAUAGAUUUAGAAGGGGAAAGUUAUUCCAGUCUCGGCUAUGGUUAUGAAGGCUUAGGACAAAUUCAAACAGCCAUCAUGUAUCAUGAACAUGCUCUAAACAUCGCAAAAGAAGUGAGAAACAAAGCUGGAGAAGGUAAAAGUUAUUCCAGUCUCGGCAAUGCUUAUCACGAAUUAGAACAAUUUCAAACAGCCAUCAAGUAUCAUGAACUUUCUCUAGACGUCGCAAAAGAAGUGGGAGACAAAGAUAGAGAAGGUAAAAGUUAUUGCAAUCUCGGCAAUGCUUAUGGAAGCUUAGGAGAAUCUCAAACAGCCAUCAAGUGUUAUAAACAUGCUCUAAACAUCGCAAAAGAAGUGAGAAACAAAGUGGUAGUAGCUAAAAGCUAUUGUAAUCUCGGCUUUGCUUAUAACAGAUUAGGACAAUUUCAAACAGCCAUCAAAUAUAAUGAACAUGCUCUAAACAUCGCCAAAGACGUGGGAAACAAAGAUGUAGAAGUUAAAAGUUAUUGCAAUCUUGGCAAUGCUUAUCACAGUUUAGGAAAUUUUCAAACAGCCAUCAAGUAUUAUGAACAUAAUCUAAACAUACACAAAGAGGUGGGAGACAGAGUUGGAGAAGGUAACAGUUAUGGCAAUCUCGGCAAUGCUUAUGAAGAAUUAGGACAAUUUCAAACAGCCAUCGAGUAUUAUGAACUUUCUCUAAUCAUCGCAAAAGAAGUGGGAGACAAAGAUUUAGAAGGUACCAGUUACUGCAAUCUCGGCAAAACUUAUGAGGAGUUAGGACAGUUUCAAACAGCCACUAAGUAUCUAGAGCAUGCCCUAAAGAUCGCAGAAGAAUUAGGAAAAAAAAGUUUAGAAGAAAAAGUUUAUGGUAAUCUCGGCGUUAUUAGUGACAGAUCAGGAAAAUCUCGGGAAGCCAUCAAGUUUUAUGGACGUGCCCUAAACAUCACAAAAGAAGUGGGAGACAAAGGUGCAGAUCGUGAUAUUUAUUUCAAUAUCGGCAUUGUUCAUAGAAAUUUACGAGAAUUUCAAAAAGCCAUCGAGUAUUACGAACUUUCUCUAAACAUCGCAAAAGAAGAGGGAAACAAAAAUAUUGAAGGUAAAAUUUUUUGCAAUCUCGGUCUUUUAAAGCAUCGUUUAGGAAACACUGAAACAGCCGUCGAGUACUUUGUACGCGCUUCAAAUAUUACAAAAGAAGUGGGGGAUAAACUUUCAGCAGCUAAAUCAUUACUAGGUCUCGGUGAAACGCUGUGUACCAGAGGAAAUCUCCACGAGGCUUUCAAUUGCUUUCACUCUAGUUUACUUAUGCUUCACGAGAUCAGGGCAAAUUUUCAAUCUAAAGAGGAGUGGAAGAUUAGCUUCCGUGAUACGAGUGUGGAUUCAUAUACUCCAUUGUGGCAGCUACAUUUAAAACUAGGCGAAGAGGUUCUGGCUCUUCACACCGCUGAACAAGGUCGUGCAGAAGCUCUGAGAGAUCUCCUAGAAUUAAAGUAUGGGUAUGAAGAAGAACACUGCCAGUCAUUCUCUCCACAGAAAUCUACAAUUACCCUCUUGAGUUGCCUUCCACCAAAUACAGUCUUUAUAGCAGUUGACCAUGGAACUAUUUUCUACUGGGUUGUUCAGAAUGGCAAAGAAGUGACAUUUAGAGCAAACCGAGUUAAUAAUUAUAUUUCAAAGGAGGAGGUUACCAUUUUCAUUGAAAUGGUUCUCGGAAAAAUUGGAAUGAAAGUUCAUGUCAAAGAUGAAGACCGUUCGUACUUUGAGACGUGCGAUCAAAGAGGCAAAAACGAUUUUCUUUACAGUAAUCCUUCCCCGGAAGACAUAUUGAAGAAACUCUACGAGAUCGUCAUUGCGCCAAUCGAAGAUCUCGUGGAAGGAAAUGAGAUCUGCUUGGCUCCCGAAGGUCCAUUGUGGUUGGUCCCCUAUGCUGCAUUGCUGGACUCCGAAUCAAAACAUCUGUGCGACUCUCUCCGGAUCCGAAUGACUCCAUCCCUGACCACUUUGAAACUGAUCAGCGAUUGCCCAGCAGAUUUCCACUGUAAGACAGGUGCACUGCUCGUUGGUGAUCCAUAUUUGGGUGAAGUUCUUUACAAGGAGAGGAAGCUGUCUGAGUUACCAGGCGCAAGAAAAGAAGUCGAGAUGAUUGGAGAUAUCCUAGGAACUGAUCCCCUUGUUGGAGAAAACGCGACAAAAGUGGAAGUGAUGAAGCGACUCUCCUCCGUCACCUUAGUGCACAUUGCAGCGCAUGGUCGAAUAGGAUCAGGUGAGAUCUUUUUGGCGCCAAACCCUACACGGACCAAUCAACAACCGGAAGAGAAAGAUUACUUACUGACCAUGAAAGAUGUGUCACAAGCUAAGCUACGAGCAAGACUGGUCGUGCUAAGUUGCUGUCACAGCGCAACCGGGACAAUAAUGGCUGAGGGUGUGGUUGGCAUCGCGCGAGCUUUCAUGGGUGCGGGUGCUCGCUCUGUGUUGGUGUCACUGUGGGCGCUUGGUGACGAGGCUACUCUGGAGUUCAUGAAACACUUCUAUGGAGAACUUUUACAAGGAAAGAAAGCCAGUGAAAGUCUACAUCGAGCCAUGGAAUGCAUGAAAAAGUCUGAAAAAUACAAGGACAUGAUGUUUUGGGCCCCAUUCGUCCUUCUUGGUGAUGAUGUGACAUUGGAAUUAACCAAAAAUGACACCGUCUAAUUUCGCAAUUCAGACCAGGACCAAUUCAGCAUGGUUGACUAAUUUGACUGCGCGUCGUAUCUACCUCCUUGACGAAAUAUUUUGAGUUAUCUUCAGAAGAAAGACACAAGGACUAUAGUGCUGUCAGAUUAGUGCUACCUAAAUGAUUAAGAUAAAAGCAAUUUUAAGAUAAAAGCAUGCAUAGGAAAGGAGAAUUAAGUUUACAAUCCUAAGAAGUUAAUAGACAUUCCUAAAAAUGACAGCGCCGUUUUGGUUAAUAAUGAGGUGGUUUUUCAGGAAAUGUACGGUAUUCACGCAAUUUUUAGCGUGUUCGUUUCAAAACGAGUUUUUUGAUAAUCUGAUUUCAGUUUAUUUUAUAUCACUGAUGACGACUGAGGAGCCAUUCUCCGCAAGAAUCAACUAAACUUUUUUUGAAAUUUUUUACUCUCAUGCUAAUUGAAAUAUUUCAUGCAGUUAGAUAUGAAAACAUGUUAAAAAUGGCUUAAUCAGUUUUUUUUAUCUUUCAACGCUGAAUAAGCGUUCCGCCAUGGACACAAAAAUUCGAGAUAAUUACGGUAAUUAAACGAUCAUUUUAAUAACCGAUGGCAUUCUUGUGUCGAAGAAGUUACGAGUCUUCAUCCACCCUUUUAAAAGUGCUCUUUUUUCUUCGAUCGGAGCUGAUCUUAUUUCUAUA